GAAAGGAGCCCUCCUCGCAGCUUUUCUCAGAGCGAGAGGAGCAGCAGCAGCAGCAGCAGCGAGAGCAGCUGUCUCUUCGCAGGGGGAUGUUCUCAUCUUUGUGUUCAUGCUGGCAUCUCUGGCUUUGAUACUCCGUCAAAGCAGUGCCUGCCUUUACUGCACUGUGCUGCUAAAACGAAACAAAGCAUGAGGAGAUUUGUCUACUGCAAGGUGGUUCUUGCCACAUCUCUGAUGUGGGUGCUUGUGGACGUCUUCCUACUCCUGUACUUCAGUGAAUGUAACAAAUGUGAUGACAAGAAGGAGAGGUCCCUGCUUCCUGCUCUGAGGGCUGUUAUGUCAAGAAGCCAAGAAGGACCUGGAGAGAUGGGAAAGGCAGUCCUAAUUCCCAAGGAUGAUCAAGAUAAAAUGAAGGAAUUGUUCAAAAUCAACCAGUUUAACCUUAUGGCAAGUGAUAUGAUUGCCCUGAACAGAAGUUUGCCUGAUGUAAGACUAGAGGGAUGCAAGACAAAAGUCUACUCUGAUGAACUACCAAACACAAGUGUGGUCAUAGUAUUUCAUAAUGAAGCCUGGAGCACUUUACUUCGUACUAUUUACAGCGUUAUCAAUCGGUCUCCACACUAUCUGCUUUCUGAGAUCAUCUUGGUAGAUGAUGCCAGUGAAAGAGAUUUUCUGAAGGCCCCAUUAGAGAAUUAUGUGAAAAAUUUGGAGGUGCCAGUCAAAAUUAUUAGGAUGGAGCAGCGGUCAGGACUGAUUCGAGCUCGUCUUAGAGGAGCAGCCGCUUCUAAAGGCCAGGUCAUCACUUUCCUGGAUGCUCACUGUGAAUGCACUUUAGGCUGGCUGGAGCCCCUGCUGGCGAGAAUUAAGGAGGAUAGGAAGAUUGUUGUUUGCCCAAUUAUUGAUGUGAUCAGUGAUGACACUUUUGAGUACAUGGCUGGGUCAGACAUGACUUAUGGAGGAUUUAACUGGAAACUUAACUUUCGUUGGUACCCUGUUCCACAGAGGGAAAUGGACCGAAGGAAAGGUGACAGAACAUUGCCUGUGAGGACCCCUACUAUGGCUGGUGGCCUAUUUUCUAUUGACAGAAACUACUUUGAAGAGAUAGGAACUUACGAUGCAGGAAUGGAUAUCUGGGGUGGAGAAAAUCUUGAAAUGUCUUUUAGGAUUUGGCAGUGUGGAGGCUCACUAGAGAUUGUAACAUGUUCACAUGUUGGUCAUGUCUUUCGAAAAGCUACACCUUAUACCUUCCCUGGUGGUACUGGCCAUGUGAUUAAUAAGAAUAAUAGACGGCUUGCAGAAGUAUGGAUGGAUGAAUUUAAAGAUUUCUUCUAUAUAAUAUCCCCAGGAGUUGUCAAAGUGGAUUAUGGAGAUGUGUCAGUCAGGAAAGCACUGAGAGACAAACUGAAAUGUAAACCAUUUUCAUGGUACCUAGAAAAUGUCUACCCAGACUCCCAGAUUCCACGCCGAUAUUUCUCCCUUGGAGAGAUCAGGAACGUUGAAACAAACCAGUGCUUGGAUAAUAUGGGACGUAAGGAGAAUGAAAAAGUGGGCAUAUUCAAUUGCCAUGGCAUGGGAGGAAACCAGGUGUUUUCAUAUACUGCUGACAAGGAGAUUCGCACAGAUGAUUUGUGUUUGGAUGUCUCUAGGCUCAAUGGCCCCGUGAUAAUGUUAAAAUGCCACCAUAUGAGAGGAAAUCAACUUUGGGAAUAUGAUGCCGAGCGACUCACCCUGAGACAUGUGAACAGUAACCAGUGUCUCGAUGAGCCAUCUGAGGAUGACAAAAUGGUUCCUACCAUGAAGGACUGCAGCGAAAGCCGAUCACAGCAGUGGCUUCUCCGUAAUAUGACUCUGGGUGCCUAAAGCUGAGAGAGAGACUUACUGUGUUUCCUCAGGCCUUGGAAGGUCCUAGACCGCGCUGAACUUCACUCCUUUAAAUGGAGCAAAAGGAUGUAAGGAUAUUCCUCUUCUCUUGUUGUUGAUGAAGUGAAAGGAUUUGAGUGCUUCAUUACAAGCCCACUUGUGAGAAGAACAAUUUUUUUAUUGCUUAAAGCAUGUUUGCACUUUUCCCCUCAGAAUUUUUUACUCAUUCAGCUGAAUACAUGAGUGCUUUAUAUAAUGUGACAUGCACUAUUAUCGAGACAAAUCCACAAGAAGAUCAAACUCAUGAAAAACCUUACAAAGCUAAACUCCAAGAUCUUGCGGGGGGAGGGGUGGGUUUUGCUGUUGGUCCUGUCAUGUAAUGUUGCUUGAAAGUGACAAUGUUAAAUGCCUUAUGGAAUUCACUUGCAUUGUGAAAUAAUAUAUUUCAUUUGUUUUACGAAACUGAUGUGCUUGUACCAGUCCUUCAUGGUGACAGAGGAAGAAUUAGUUUUUAAUCUGCCACCAGCCAUAACCAGUGGAUAAUUCAGCUGGAAGGUUUUCUAAGCAGUAAAAUUGCUGUAUAUAAUGGAUGUUUUUCAUGUAUAGUACCAGGAAAAAGUUGUCAUUCCUGUUCAUGAAACCUGUUUAUAAAAUCAGCAAAAGUGAGUAAAAGGUAUGCUAACAGAUGGGACGUAAAACCAGAAUCACAACAAUAGAUAACACAAUGAGUUUGAAUUUAAAGUUCUGCAGACAUAUAUCCUUGGCAAAGUGUAAGUCGUUGCAGGAAAUCGUAAUGGUAUCUCAGUACUUAAGAAUUCCCAUUAGUGACAAAUACAUAAGAUACAGCAAAACUUCACUUGAACAAUAUAGGAUGAAACUCUGGAAAAUUCUACUGAUAUAACAGCAGGUUUACUUUAACACUUGACUUCAAAUUAAGCUUUGUUGCAUUAACUAUCUCCUUUUCCAUACUGAUUGUAAUAUUUAUUUUCAAGAUUACUUUUUGUCAUAUACAUAUAUGUAGCAAAUUAACAUAAUUUCAGUCCCUGCCUGAAAAUAUCAGUGCUUCAACCUGAUAAUAAUGUUAAUAAAAUUGUGCAGUUUUACUUAUGGUAGCAGCAAAAACACGUUGAAUAAGCUGAUGACCUGCAACAUAGCUGUUUUGAAGGCCAUGUUUCAAUGGUGUGGCAUAUCGUUAUACCUUAGUGCAAACGGGAGCGAUCUUGGCUUAAAAGUGGAAACAGAGACUGCCCCCUUGGUCUUUCAUGAGCAAUAUUAGAUCUAGACAUGCAUAAAAUCUGCUUGGCUUUAGCUUGAUUUCCAAUUGGUAAAAUACAAUAUAUUACAAUUUCCAUAAUAGGGCCAAAUGUUAUGCCAAAAUAUUGAAGAUGACUUCUAGUCUGUGAAUGGUAUGAAUCCAUCUCGAGGGAGAGGUGAAACUAACUUCACUGAUUCUUCUCACAUGGCAGCAGCUUCCUUCAGGACCUUGGAGAGGGUCAGAUGUUGACAAGACCAGCCACAUUGUUUUGUCCUUCCAUUAACAUCCCAUAUCAGACCAAAGAAUUUAAACAGGCUGUUAGACAGGUUGGAAGGAACGCAAGUAGAGGUGCAGUAAGCUAGCAUCAGAAAGCAGACUCCAAAGAUGCCUGGUGUUCACACACAGCAUGGGCCAAGAGAGGAGAUGUAGUCAAGGAUGAAUAUAAUGAGAUGAGCCAAGUUGGGAGUUUGUUCAUCACCUUAUCUCAGGUAUGUGUUACCCAGCACAAGACAAGUGUGUUCCUCUGUAGGGCAUGUAACAUCUGCAUUGGCUUGCCCAGGUCACAGUAGUCCAACAGCAACUGGCAAGGAUAUUCUGCAACUGGCAAGGGUAUUCUGCCAGUGUUGUAGUAUUCUGGCAAAGGCACCCGGGGCUGUGAGUAGUAUCCUGCUUGCACUACAACAAAGGUCAGCUUGUAGUGUUUCACCUGGAGAGUAGAAAUCUUGGUGCUGGACUAGUCUUCGAGCUCCUUUCAUUGUGGCACUUGAAAGAAACACAAUGUUGAAGAAGAUGCAUAGGGUCUGGGCUAACUGGGCCUGUGGAAAUCAUGAAAAUGGUUGCACAUGGCACUGCCCAUAUUCUGAAGCAAGCACAUAAGGAUAUGUGCUCCAGAGGUGACAGACUGGAUCAGGCUAACCAGGGUCAAGAGAGCAAGCACAGGUGAUGUCUUAAAGACAGAUUGGAGCACAGAUGCUGGGUGAAGUGAGGCAGGAGCCUGUUAUUUCACUUCUUCAUGGGCAGGUUGACAUGCCAAGAUUAGGAGACUUAAGGGCUGAAGGAUGACUCUUAGUGGUUUCACAGUCACCUAAUUCUUCUUGGAUGUACUAGCUGUUAUUUUCCCUUCCUGCCAGUAUGGGGAGGUCACUGGGGAACAAUAAGAUCCAGGUCACCUAAUCCUUCUUCUCAUUCCUGUAGCGCAAGGGCUGAGCGUCAAACAGUAUAAUACACUCAUUAGAAACAGAGCUCCCUUAAGAGGCAGGAGUUCUGUUUAUCCUAGCAUGAUAAUGCGAAUUACAUUGCUUUUGUUUUGUGAUUGUUCAUCAGGAGGUAAAGCUGGGCUUCAUUUGGAAGUAUCAUUGCACAGGCAUGGCAGUUCUGAAUUGAAUUCUCCUUGGGAGGUAUAGUUAUUGUUACUUUAUAACAAUAAACCAGUGGGCAUAAUGACAUUUAGUUUGCUUCUCUGUACAAUGAGGAAAAUUCCAUCUUUCCAAGAACACUGAAGCAAUUGAUCCUGAAAUCAGUGUUGCAACAUAUGGGGAAAGGUAACAGACACAAAACUAUGUAAGGCCAUUAAUGUUAUUUCAAGGCAUCAAUAUUGUGAUGCUAGAAAAUUGUUUGUUCUUCUCACAGGAAAUCAGUUGUCCAGCCCUCAGAAACUCUUCAAAGGCUUCUCUGAUGGUGACUCUUGUGGGCAAUGGCUGGCCUCCUUUCUUACACCUGCAUUAAAUGCUCCCCAACUCCUAGCUAUAACUGAAACAUCCAACUGGGGACUUGUUGGUUCCACCACAACACUGCUGUCAUACUACUCUGUGGCCUUAGCAGAUUGUCCAGAUUGUGACUACUUUUAGAAGGACUGUAAGAUUGAUCAACGUAGCUGUGGUCCCCACUCUCAGCAUUUUCUAGACCAAUAAAAAGUUAGCUUUUGACUUAAAUUCAUUACUGACCACUGGAAGCCAAAAUGUUGGACCAUAUUGACAGGCUGAAGGUGCAAAACUGAAAACUGCUCUUGUAAAAUCUAUGCUCAUCUCAAUUUCCCUGGCUGUGGGACCAAUUGCUCCUGAUUUUGCAGGAGUUUGCUGAGGGCUAAUUAAUAUUUCCACAUGUUGGUUGUUGGAGUUCUUUAAAACUUUGUUUUUGUUUUUAAUUAUGAUACAGACACACACACACACUGGUGACAACUCUCACAGCUCUUGUGGCUAUCAUGAAAUUACAGGUAAAUAUGAAGCAAGAGGGAUGUUUGACAGAAUGCAUACAGAAUGAAGGCAAAAACCUGUUGACAGUAUUGUACAUACAGUAUUAAAGGUCUUCAUCCCUGCCCAUUUCAUUAGUUACUUGGGGAGGGGCAAUUAGGUAUUUAUUAUGGUAGGCAAACCUGAGUCCACAAGCAGAGCUGGGAACAUUCAUUCCAGCACCAUCCUCCUCAAGCUCUGACCACUACAGAUGGAAUGAUGAAGUCAGUGUUUGCUUGAACAUUACUGGAAUCCUUGGGGGGGAUUAGGAUCCCUGGCCAAACAAAAGGAGCGGAGAUGCCUUCAUUUGUGCAAACCUGACUGGCAGCCAAUAGCAGACUUUCCCCUUCAACAUGGAAAGGUCAGCACCUGAGAAGGUGGGGCUGAUACAAGGACACUGGGGAGAGGCUGUUGUGCAUGGCCCCAACCCUCAUCCUCAUGUCAUUUUAUUUCAAGGAGACAGAUUAUGUGGCUCUACAGAUGUUAGACUGCAGACUCUACCAGCCACAGCUGAUAUAGCCGAUAAUGAAGAAUGAUGGGAGUUGUAGUCCAGCAACAUAUCAGGGUUAUGUAUUUUCCCAUGUCUCUUCUGUCCGGUUCAAGUAGUGAAGUGAUGGAUUUGCUCUAUCUUUGGAGGUAUCUGGACUGUUGAGAUUCAAGAAUGGUAUUUUUAUGUGAAUGCAAACCAAUAACAUUUGGGAAAGAGGUUAGCAUCAUACUGCUAGCCAACAGGGUCUAGGAUUGGUUUGUUUGUAUGUUUUUUAAAUUGGAACUAAUUAAGAUCAUAUCUGAUCAUAUACAGUACAUGACACAUGCAUCUCAUUUGAAGAUGCCAAAUAGAGUCUCCAAUGAGGCAAAUGCUAUAGAAGGUGCUUAAGUGUGAAGCUAUGAAUUUGUCUGUAAUGAUUUUGAACACAGGAGUGAAUGGGCUGGGUCACUGCCCAAUGAUGUCUGAAGAGCAGUCUCCCUUUGUCCUAAACAAUUGUGAGGGAAGUUGGAAGUUGCCUGAAGCAGCAUCUAGAGAUUAACACAUUCCCAAUGCCUGGUUUAGGGGACAGAUUUAAAAUAAGAUUUUUGUUAUGUUUCUGUCACCUAAAUUCUGCUUUACAAUAAACUAGAAAAUUUGAACAUGUUUGCAGUUGAAAUAAGACAUCAGAAUCAUAGUGAACUACUGUGGUAACUACAGCUUGAGUGUGCCAAGUGUAUUCCACUAACCAUUAUGGACCCUCACUCUUGUACGUCAUAAGGGAGACAAAAAUUCUGCUGCCAUUACUGUGUGAACACAUCUGGUGAGAUUACACCUUAUCUAAAUUGCUACUAAAUAUAAGCUGAUGCUUGAUCUCAAGGUGUUGAAUGAACACCAGCAAUGUGUUUUAAAUUAGAGUACAGUACAUGAAUUAUUAGCAUUAAAGUGUUUUCAAACAUUCACGUAUACUUCUGAAAUCCUAAUGUCAUUGUUCUAUCUACAUUGGAGUUCACACAUCCUCCUUAAACAGCAUGUUUUCAGGAAAGCAGGAUAAGUCAAUUUCUUUACAAACAGGCCACUUCUCUCAGAUAGCAUUCCAUAUCCUUUGAAACCAUGACAUAUAGAGUAGCAAAUCCAUGUUUACUCAUCUGGGAACCUUAUUACAUACAGUGGUGCCUCGCUUAACGAUGUUAAUUCGUUCCAGCGAAAUUGCUGUA